CCAUCAUUUCUCGACAUCAUAUAUAUCCUCCAUAAUCAAAGCACCUACCUAUCUGUACGUAUAGCUGCUUCAAGCUGAUACACUAUACAUAUAUACAGAGAGAGAGAGAGAGAGAGAGAGAUGGGAUUUCUUCUGGGUUGUUGCUUAGUCUUGUCUUUCUUUAUUCUCUACAUGCUGUGGACAGUGUUGUAUUCUUGCUUGAUUCUGCCCAACCAGGUUUAUCAGAAGAUUAGGAGAAAUGGAUUUGGUGGUCCAACUCCAAGUUUCCCAUUGGGAAAUAUCAGUGAUAUGAGAAAGAAAAACACUUCUUCUACAGAUUCUUCCUCUUUAAUCUCUUCAAAAAUCUCCCAUGACAUCCACUCAACCGUCUUUCCCUACUUUGCGAAGUGGCAGAAAGUGCAUGGGAAGGUGUUUAUGUACUGGCUGGGAGCAGAGCCAUUUCUUUACAUAGCGGAUCCAGAGUUCUUGAAGAAGAUGUCAACAGAGGUUAUGGGGAAAAGCUGGGGAAAGCCCACUGUGUUUAAGAAUGACAGAGAACCCAUGUUUGGCAACGGAUUGGUUAUGGUUGAAGGUGAAGAAUGGGUUCAUCAUAGACAUGUCAUCACCCCCGCUUUCUCUCCUGCCAACCUCAAGGCUAUGUCCAGCUUAAUGAUCGAGUCCACGACAAAAAUGCUCGACCGGUGGACUUCGCUCAUCCGCUCCGGCAACCCGAAAAUUGACGUCGAGCGAGAGAUCACGAGCACGGCGGGAGAAAUCAUAGCGAAGACGGGCUUCGGCAUGAACUACGAGAACGGACAAGAAGUGUUCGAGAAACUACGAGCUAUGCAGCUCACUCUCUUCAAAUCCAACCGCUACGUUGGCGUGCCGUUCAGCAAGUUCAUGUGCCCCAAGCAAACCCGAGAAGCGAGAAAGCUGGGCAAAGAGAUAGACUCUCUUCUGCUUUCAAUCAUCAGGGCCAGAAGAAAAUCAAUGGACGGAAGUCCGCAGAAGGAUUUGCUGGGGCUGUUGCUGGUGGAGAAUCACGCCGACGGACGGGUGGGUAAGACUUUGACGACGAGACAGCUUGUGGAUGAGUGUAAGACUUUCUUCUUCGGCGGCCACGAGACGACGGCGCUGGCGCUGUCGUGGACCCUUCUGCUUCUGGCUCUACACCCGGAGUGGCAGGACCAGCUCCGGCGAGAGAUCAGGGAGGUCGUCGGAGAUGGAAAGCUGGAUGCCACCAUGCUUACUGGCCUGAAGAAGAUGGGGUGGGUGAUGAACGAAGUUCUCCGGCUAUACUCGCCGGCGCCAAACUUCACGCGGCAGGCGAGAGAGGACAUCAGAGUGGACAGCGCGGUGAUCCCCAACGGAACCAACAUGUGGAUCGACGUCGUUUCCAUACACCACGACGCCGCCCUGUGGGGCGACGACGUCAACGAAUUCCGGCCGGAGAGGUUCAGGGACGACCACCUCUAUGGCGGGUGCAGCCACAAGAUGGGGUUUGUGCCGUUUGGAUACGGCGGAAGAAUGUGCGUGGGAAGGAACCUGAUGAAGAUGGAGUACAAGAUCGUGCUAACGCUAAUGCUGAGGAGCUUUAAAUUUUCUUUGGCGGACGGCUACCGGCAUUGCCCGUCGAACUUGCUGUCUCUCCGGCCUGCUCACGGGCUGCCUCUCGUAGUUGGGCCUGUUGAUUAAUUGUUAGUUAGCUAAGUUGUUUUAUUUAUGAAUUAAUUCAUAUAUAUAUAUAUUAGUGACCUCUCAGGCUCAGCUUAAUUCCCUCAGUAAAAUUAAUUUGUUGUCUUCGAUCCUUAUCUUUUCUCUUCCAAUUCCAUGUAAUAUCGUGUGCGCUCAUAGUUGGCGUACACACACACACACAUAUAUAUAUAUACAUACAUACUUAAAUGCGUAUAUAUAUUGUAUGGGUU